GUCUGGGUACAUCGGGAUGGACAAACGUAUCAUGCGGGGCAGGGCUGGGGCCGAGAUGCCGGGUUGUAAACGAAACCAGUUUGCUAUCCGAUACGAUCGAGGCAACAGUAGGUCUGCUGUUUAGUUUCCUCGCGAGAUAGCGUACCCAAACGAACACGCACUUAAAUAUAAGUAAUAAACAACGGGGCUGAUAAUUAUUAGUAGUAACAGCCAACGUGUUCUGGAGGAAACGUCUUGUCAAGUUGCUCGGACAGAUUCGAUUUAUCUGCUUUAGCUCACGUUCAUUGUGAUCUAGGACCGAUUUUUGUUCUUAGUUACUGUCAUUGAGUCAUCAAAACUUUUUAAUAUAUAUUUUAUUUUUACUUAUGACGGUUGAUAUUACGGUGGUGGAAUUUUAAUGCCGGAAUAGCAACCGAUUUAUGGUAAACCAGCAAGAUAAGUUUAGUUAUCUUAAUUAUUUUGGAUACGCAGUGAUGUUCUGACAGCUGAUUUGAGACACAGUGAUUUUUUUUUUUAUUAGUACGGGUAAUAAAGUGUUGUGGUUGUAGUAAAUAUCAAAAAGUCACAAUGACUGAUGAAAAUGUGCUGAGAGUUUGAGCAAUAUGAUAAUAGUUUGUAGUAAGAUAAAUUUGAUUGUGUGUAAAUUAAAAACUAUUGGAGAAAAAAAAGUGGUUUUGAAUGUAUAAAGUUGGCUAUCAUCCGUAUUAUCGUAAGAUGUCAGCAGUAGCACCAGCUGGGGCUGCAUCAGCGGUAGCAAAUACAAAUGGGCCAAUAGUACCAGCUCCGGUAUUUGCAUUGCCCACGUUGUCAUUUACUGUCACCCAAGUGGCGACAGUUUGUGAAACCCUGGAAGAAAGUGGUGAUAUCGAGCGACUAGCUAGAUUUCUAUGGAGCUUGCCGGUAGCUCAUCCGAACAUCCAGGAGUUGAACGAAAACGAAGCAGUGCUAAGAGCACGUGCUAUUGUUGCCUACCAUUCUGGGCAUUAUCGAGAACUCUACUCGAUUUUGGAGCGACACAAAUUUACCAAAGAUUCCCAUGGAAAACUCCAGGCCAUGUGGCUGGAGGCCCACUACGCCGAGGCGGAAAAGUUGCGCGGAAGACCGCUGGGCCCGGUCGACAAAUAUCGGGUGCGGAAAAAAUUUCCACUGCCAAGGACCAUUUGGGACGGGGAGCAAAAGACUCACUGUUUUAAAGAGCGUACUCGUUCUUUGUUGAGAGAGUGGUACCUCCAGGACCCAUAUCCUAAUCCUGGCAAAAAACGAGAACUAGCCGCUGCGACGGGACUUACGCCAACACAAGUUGGCAAUUGGUUCAAAAAUCGACGGCAGAGAGACCGAGCUGCUGCUGCUAAAAAUAGAUUGCAGCAACAAUCAGGUCCGGGAGGCGCCGGAUCAAGAAGACCUCUGAGCCCAGCGGGAGGAAGUGACUCCGAAGAUUCGGACAUUUCUCUCGGCGGGACUUCGCCACCCUCGCCCUCAUCGACUCCGCCAUCGCAGUCCCACCACCAGCCCUCGCCUGUAUCGCUAGGGCCAGUGGCGCCCUUACCACCACCAGGCCUCGGUUUCCGUUACGACCCAACGCAGACCCAACUUCGUUUUAAUCACAUGACCGCCUUUAAAUUUCCACCUACGGGGUUCCGUUUCGAGCCGCACAGUCCGCAGCACAAUCACCCGACGAUUCCCAACCCCGGUGGUAUUUUUCGGCUCACCGAGACGAGUCCAUUUCAAGCCGUCGGGCCCAGGGGAGAUCUUGGGUCGAGAUUACCAGACCCAUUGGGUUUACCACCGCCUCGACUGCACCCGCACGAGGGUCUCAUCCACCAUCCUCACCACCCGCAGCACCAACUACCAGAAGGCAUAUCGAGAUUGUCGUCCGAGGGGUCUCGAUUGUCUGACGGCGGAAUAUCUCGAUUAUCAGACAGUCUAAGUGAGGCACACAGUCCUCCCCUGGUUGCGACGAACCUCUCAGUAACAGGACCUCUACGUGUUGCCGUACCGAGUCCACAUACGCCCUCAUCACGCGGCAGUCCGCCUUCGUCUAAUCACCAGACACCUUCGUCUCAACAAAAUCAACCGUCGUCUGUUCAAGUACCAACUCAAGGUUUAAUUCGUGUCGUUACACCUCCGACGCAAAGUACUCCCCCGAAACCUCCGCAAAUUCACAGGCCAUUCUCACCCGCGUGAUACCUCACUGAGUUAACGCCACUGAGUUGUCAAUAAUUUAUUGAAAAAAAAAGGAAAUGAAAAAAAAGAUUUUUCAGAUCUUUCCCGAGUCGAAAUAUUAGGCGUAAAUUGAACGUUCUUAACGUUUUGAACGUAAAUUGCAUGUUUCGGACAUUAAAAACUCAAUUUGACAGCUUUCAACUUAUUCAAAACAUAGAUGGGAGUAUCAUAAAUCGAAAACGUAACUAAAACCUAUUUAGACUUAUAAUAAGGAAACAUAAGCAUACCAACAAUUUUUUUUACUCCUGGAUUAUAAUCACCAAUUCCCUAAAAUUUUGUCGUCCGCCGUUCUGGCUCUUAAAUAAAAAUUUCGGAUUUUGAAAAAAAUUUUUUUCAGUUUCAUACUUCUAUCUUUAACACUAUAUAUUUAUAUCUGUUCAUAUAUUAUGAUAUCAAGGUUAUAAAAAUUGUGAUUACAAAUAUUGAAAUUAAUUAAUCGAUGUUAUCAUUAAACUAAAAUCAUAACUCAUGAAAUUACCAAUUAUUUUUUAACUAAAAUUCAAAAAAAUAGUUCAAUUUACGUUUAAAACGUUCAAUUUACGUCUAAAACGUUAAGAACGGUCAACUUACGUCUAAUAUUUCGACUUGGGUUAUAAUAAAUAAGUAAUUUGUAAAUAAACAAUUAAACUAAUUACAUAUAAGCUUUUAGGCAGAGCUUUUUGUUGUAAAUAAUUAAUUAUACUGGGGUAAUAAAUUUUAAAAUAUAAUUUAAAGAGGAAAUAAGGAUACAGACGCUGGAAGUCUUUAAACAAAAACACUAGGUCGCUCGAAGCAAUCAGUGUUUUUCCUUAUUUCUUAUUAUUAUUAUUAUUAUUAUUAUUAUUAUUAUUAUUAAUAUCAUUAAAUUUAAUUUAAAAAUUGUUUCUCAAAGAAACAACGAGUGCUCGUAACGCGCAAUUAUGUAGAUUAUUUUAUUGAUUAUUGUAAAUAUUAUUAUUAUUAUUCUAAAAGAAAAAAAAAUUACUAAUUGAUUACCAGUGAUCACCGCGAGUGAACUAGUAGAAUACUUUCGAGGAUAUUUAAUAUAUGAUAAAUAAUAAUAAUUAAAAAAUAAAUGGUGGAUUUUUAUUUGUUAAGAUAAAUAUUAAUAUAGUAGACGGGGCAAAAUGAGACACCGAAAAAAUUUUUUUUUGUUGCAAAUCUUUUACUGUUUCAAGACACCGGGGGUGAGUUGGUCAGAAAAAAUAAUAAGUCUAAUUUUGAGAGGUUUUUUUUAUUUAAUAAAAUUUGUAUGGCUGUAGGGGAUGAAAAAAUGUGGGGUAAAAUUUUCAGUUUUUAAAACUGAAGGUGUCCCAUUUUGCCUCAAAUUGGUUUAAUGUUUGAGUUAAUUUUUGAUUAUCCGCAAGAGAUAAGACUGAUUCGCGGUGAUAAGUGAUUAAUAUUUUAGUUAUUAAAAAAAAAUAAUAAAUUUUUAUUAUUUUAAUUUUUUGGUAAUUGGGGUGGCGACGAAAAUUCGUUGCGGAUUUUGUGCAAAAGUAAAUUUAUUAUGAAGAAUUAUUUCGUCAAAAAUAUAUAUAUUUUUUUUCCAUUUCUUCAGUUUCGUAAUUUUUUCAAUCAAAAUUUUUAAAACUAUUUUUUGCCAACCGAAAAAAUGUAAAUGUCAAAAAAAGAUUGAAUCUACCGUAGAAUUUUCGUUCAAAAAAUUACUGGACUAAAAAUACCGUAAAUUCGAUUGUAAAAAAAACCGAAGAAACGGAAAAAUAAAUAAGUUAAAAAUAUUAAAACUAAAAAACGUACUAGUAAAAAUAAUUGUAUAGGUAAUUCUUUAUAAAUAUUGAACAUACGUCUAGAAUAUGCAUUAGGUUCGUAAAUAUAAAAAUUAUACAUAUUAUAUAUAUAUAUAUGAAAAAAAAAAUUGAACAGAAAUGAUCAUGAACUAUUAUUAUCAAUAAUAAUUAUUAUUACUAUUAUUAUUUGCGCCUGUAAAUAAAUU